AUGCAAGUACAAAGAUAUGUGCCAAUACAGUAUAGCGCUCUCUUAAAAUUUAUGCAGUUACUGGGAUUCUGUGAAAUUAAGAAAAUUGUCGACUUUAAAUGGCAUCGAAAUAUCGAAUAUAGACGAGAAUUUCAGCUAAUGAUUACUAGAGCUGCAUUUGCAUUGAUUUGUUCGGGUAAAUCGGCAGUUCGACUUCUCAGAAUGGGAGUGUUUUUUCGCCGUUUUUCCCAUACUUGUGCAACAAUGGACGAAUUUUAUACCGAGCAAUCGAAUGCAGACACGUCGCUCGGCUUUGCAUUAACAAAUGAUACGGCAUUCAUGAAUAUUUUAAGAUGCCCGAUACAUGCAGAUACGAAUAAUUUAUUACUUUAUAUAGAAAAUAAUACUGAUGACAUCGCAAACACAACUGAUUAUGAUACGCAGAAUAAUUUUAUGGAUGAAGACUGUGGUGAAGCUAACAGUUUAAAUAGCGCAGAUAAUUAUCAUCUUGAAAAUCUCAAGUUUUUGGGUAUGAUUGCAUAUGCAGCAGUAUUAACUGAAAUAACACUUUUACUUAUUGUAGUCAUCAAUUCCAUAAUAUUAUCCAGUUUAUUAAUACGAACUUAUAAGCAUCUUUCAACAGCAACUAUCUUGUUCAUUUUCAAUAUUUUACUCUCAAAUGUGCUUUUCGUUUCUUCAUUAUUAUUCCUCUUUUCUGAAAUGUUUUAUAAUGAUAUUAUUGCACAUUCAAUCAACGAAGAUUCUGAAUGGAGAAAAGAAGCACCAUUAAUUGUCGUCGAAAUACUAAAUGCUCAUUUAUUUGCUGAUAAUUAUUUCAUAAUCCACGUUCUACAAGAAAUUUUAUAUUCAAUGGCACAAAAUGGCUCAUUACUUGGCCUUACCAGUCUUUUACUUCUUGUCCUUGUAGUUAUUCAACGAUCAAUGGUUGGAAAAUCUGUGAAACUAUCGAAACGCUCAGUCGUUGCCAUUUUCACUUCUGUGUGGACAGUUUUGUUUAUUUCGCACAUAGCUUUUUCCGCGCUUCAGUUCACUGCUAUACGAGCAAUUGAUGAUAUGUUUGUAGGUUUAACUUCUGGAAAGCAAUACAUAAUUUGUCGUCAAAGAAAAUUCGUUUCACAGUAUAGAGAAAUAGGUAAAAGAUGUGAUCGUAUUUCACCUUUUCAUGAAUUUGGAGCAUAUUUAUUACGCGGACACGCAAAAUGGCUGGCGAAAAAUUUUUUCAGCGAACGAGCGCCACAUCGCCGUCGCGAAAUGCUUUUUAAUACACUUUUGCUGUCAAUAUGCGCGUACUUUAUAUCGGUUACCGGACAAACAUUUAUUGAAGUAGCAAUUUUUUGGGUUCAAGAUCGAAACUCUAUAGCAGAUUUAGCUCAGUGGUUUCAGUUAGCUCGUAUCAUCGCAUUUAUUGACCCACUUCUGAAUCCAGUAUUGGUUACCAUAAGAACACCGCCACUUAGACGAAUGAUGAGGCGAUAUUUAAAUUAUAUAGCCACCGUUGUUGUAUAUUUCUGUUGUUCGUGGAAACGCCAUCUCAGUGGUCAUGGAAGACGACCAAAACCGAAAAUUUCUUUGCCUGCGAAUACUGUAGACUCACCGAGCAGCAGCAAAAUCACAGUGAAUAUGGACGAAUUAUUCACAAAGGCUAGUUUAAGUAAUAAAUUCAAAUAG